AUGGGUUCACUUGGGCCCCGCGACCCAACAGCUCAGCUGGCUACUGUUUGCCCAUUGGCUGACUCGCUUUACAAAUCCACUCGUCUAUCGACCUCACACGUGAGCCAGGCAGCCAGUGAACUGGAUCUACUGCUCACAGUGUUGGCUUCUACGAGGACGUAUGCGGUGCUGUGUACGGAUACGCCGUUGACAACUGGCUUACCCGAGAUUUUGGAGCAGUGUCGUGCGAUUUUACUGGAUUUGCAGACUGCCUCGUCGUGUCCUGGUGGAGCAAGGUCUCAGCAUCAGAUCAACGAGAUUCGAUCGAGGCUUGGGUCGAUUACUUUUGAGCUCAAUAUGUUUAAUGCUAAUAUGGCUAUAUCGUCGCAAAAUAAUGUUAAUCUGGCAAUGAGGAGCUUUAUUGAUGAUGUUCUUGCUGGCAAGCGAGAUGCGCUGAUCAUUUCUAAUGCUCUUCAUGUUGGACCAUCUGAUUCUCAGAAAAUUGAAGCAUGGCAGAAACUGCAACAUGAAUUAACUGAUGUUGGUAUUGCUCCGGAAUUAUCACAUCAAGAUCACGACUUUAUCAUCAAUGUCCUUCACAAGGCUGUCAAAGAGGAAAAUCUCUUACAGAGCAUCAGGCAAGCAUCACAAACCAAGGACACACCACAGCUACCAAGGACUCAAUCUCCAAGAAAUGUAUCACCCACAAAUAAUUAUCCAGAGGUACGGUAUAUGGAUGACACAGACAAAAUAGCUCUACCACGGGGCCUCUCAGACCUACCGAUCUCUAUCGCAACAGAAAUGCAAGCGGACACCGAUAAACAAGUCCUACCAAAAGAAGACUUUCCCAAGCCAGUACUGUCAGCGACAUACAGUCCAGGCGAAGAUACAGAUAAAGAGGUCUUUUGCGAAAAUUUUCCUAUGCCCCUAGAAGCUGAGCCAGGAAGCUCAACUACCCUCUCAGGAACCUACUCAGAUGCCAGUUCUUCCAGAGGAAGCGCCUCAUAUCCGAAAAUCGUGCGAAGCAAGAAGCCUGGUAUCAUGCGGAAAAUGAAAUUCAAGCUCACGACUAGCAAGGAUGACUUCAUCGCUCUUGUCAAACAGGGCGGAUUGUACUCAAUUCAAAGCGCACUUGAUAAAGGCGCCGAUGUGAAUACGAUGGAUUUACAUGGCCAAACGGCCUUGAUGAUUGCUAUCCUUUUUUCACAAGAGCAUAUUGUCGACCUGCUAUUAGAGUAUGGUGCAAAUACGGCAUUAAAGUCUGCAAAGGGAGACUCGGCGUUGAGCCUUGCUGCUUCCAGGGGCGCUGAAAGGAUUGUCCGGACGUUGCUGGUUCGCGGAGCAGAAGUUGAUGGACGCAAGAAUCUUGGAAACACGGCACUAUCUCAGGCAGCAGAGUGGGGGCAUGAGAAUGUCGUUCGAUUGCUGUUCAAUGCGGGUGCGGAUAUCAACGGGCUUUCUCAUACCGGGGAUACUGCUCUUUCGCAAGCUGCUAUGAAUGGUCAUGUGGAUAUUGCUCGGUUCUUGUUAGACAAUGGGGCUAUACCAGAUCAUACCGCCUACCCGCGGAAGACCGCUCUUUUUAAGGCUGUUGAACAGAAUAGGCCGGAGGUGGUGAGGGUGUUAUUGCAGCGUGGAGCGGACCCUCAUCUUCAGGAGUCUAUUCGAGCCUGGACGCCGUUGACAUUGGCUGCUAUGCAUGGGAGGACGGAGAUACUUGCUAUGCUCAACUAUAAGACAGCUGUUACACCCUACCGAUACCAAUACUGA